GAGUUUACAUAUGGGUUGUGACUAGGGUUUCAUAUCUGUUUUUUUGUCAAACGAAGAGGGCUCGUCUCCAAAAUCAGCUCACAGAAAUAAUCAUGGUUCUCAAGACUGAACUUUGUCGCUUCAGCGGGGCCAAAAUAUAUCCCGGGAAGGGCAUCAGAUUUGUUCGUUCGGAUUCUCAAGUGUUCUUAUUUGCGAAUUCAAAAUGCAAAAGGUACUUCCACAACAGAUUGAAGCCUUCAAAACUCACUUGGACAGCGAUGUAUAGGAAGCAGCAUAAGAAGGAUAUUGCCCAAGAGGCUGUAAAGAAGAGGCGACGUGCCACUAAGAAGCCUUAUUCUAGGUCCAUUGUGGGUGCCACUUUGGAGGUUAUCCAGAAGAAGAGAACUGAAAAGCCAGAGGUUCGAGAUGCUGCCAGGGAGGCUGCUCUCCGUGAAAUUAAAGAAAGGAUUAAGAAAACAAAAGAUGAAAAGAAAGCAAAGAAAGCAGAAGUAAUGUCAAAGACGAAGACAAAGGGUAGCAGCAUGACCAAGGGCGCUGCACCAAAGGGUCCUAAACUUGGAGGUGGUGGUGGGAAGCGUUGAGAUACUGGUCUGUUAUCGAUUCCUUGUGAGACUUAGAGUAAUAGGCAGGAUAUUGAAGGCUUUAUGAGGAUUGACUAAUGUAAUUGUCCUCUUUCUUUUUUGGCAUUCGGUGUUGAACAUGAGCAAUUUCUAGUUCUCAAAUGGAUUUCAACUUUUACUUGGAAUACUUAUUAUUAAUGACGAGUAGUAUUGCAUGUUCAGUGAUCAUGCAAUUAGGGGUGAACUGUUUGUUUCAUUAUUUCUUCAAUGUCUUUAAUACCUAUUAUAUUUCUGCUGUUAA